AUGCUUCGUCAAUCCGUUACUAGGCCUCUGGCCGCGACAAACCGUCUCCUCGCCACCCGCUCCUUCUCUGCCCUGGCUCCUAGAAUGGGUGCUGGCGAUACCGGUGCUCCCCGAGCUGGCGGUGCACAGCACAGCGACCAGUUCACCAAGCGCGAAGCCGCCCAAGAAAACCUCUACAUCUACGAAAAGGAAAAGGAAAAGCUCCUCGGGAUCAAGAAGAAGAUCCAAGAGCAGCGCCAACAUCUGGAUGAAUUGGACAAGCACAUUGAUGAGUUGACCAAGGCACAAGGUGGAGAGCAGAACUAG